UCCACAUGAAAGCCGGAAAGUGCUUCAAGUGCAAUAGAUUCGGACAUACCGUUUCCGACUGCCCCCAGCAUCUUUCCAUCCAUGUGGACCGAGUAAGAACUUCAUCACCGUGUAUUCGGGGUCGGCUUGGCUCGAAUCGCUCCUCGAGGAACUACCCACAUUUGCGACAUUCCAUGGAUGAAUUCGUAGUUGAAUACUUGUGUUAUAGAUUCCUCUACUAUCCCGGGUACGUCAAUCUGGAGUUUAAGGCGAAGAUAAGGGAGUGGAGGGCCCGCAGCAAAAAGGAUCACAAUGCCCUUCGGGAUCUCCCCGUACCCUCCGACAUCGAGGCUGGUGUAGAGGAUGUUUUCAAACUCCGAAGACUCUUUCGUGAAAAUCCAGCUCCACAACCGUGCCACGCGCCCCCGUUUCUGGGCGAUAGCGGAAGAACGUGCGACAGUUGUGCCUCCUACCUGUGGGAUUACCCAGGCUAUUAUUUCAUUGACGAUAAGGUGAUAGCACGUCUGUCUAACGAGUCUUCCUGGUUUUUCCCUGAACAUUUCCUUAUCUCCCAGACAAGAAAAUUUCAGCGUUUUAUAGGAUAG